AAUCAGUAUUGAAAAAAAAUGAUCACAAUAUAUCCAUUUAUUGCCAAAAGUCUGCAGAUAUAGGUGAUACUAAUGAAAUAUGUUUGAUUGAAUCUUGCUAUAAAAAAGAAAUUGGAGCUAGAAAG